GUUGACAGGGCGGGCGUGGGCCGUGUUCGCCGGGCCGUGUCGGGGUGCGGGUAGCCGGUGCGGGAGCGGGGCAGCUGCCACAGUAAAAAUGUCUUCGCCUCCCAAAGAGAAAGCAGAGACGCGGGCCGGACACCCUCCUGCUGUGAAAGCCGGUGGGAUGCGGAUUGUGCAGAAACACCCACACAAUUCAGAUGCCAAAGAAGAAAAAGAUAAGGAUGACCAAGACUGGGAAACCAGCAGCCCACCUAAGCCAGCAGUGUUCAUCUCCGGUGUCAUUGCUAGGGGUGAUAAGGACUUCCCUCCAGCUGCAGCUCAGGUGGCUCAUCAGAAGCCACAUCCUUCUGUGGAGAAGCUUCCCCACCCUCAGCACGUCAAACAGCACAUCCACCAGCCGCGCAAGUGAGCUCCCGCCAGGACCUCUGCCAGCCUGCUUCACUGAAUGUGUGCAAGAGAAGACAAAAACCCUCUAGUAGUCACACUGUCAAGUCUGUAAAAUUGACAUCUAAAAUAAAAUGCUGUUUCUUUUA